AUGGAGAAAGAUGUGAUUGAGAUUGAAGGUCUAAACGCCUCGCUUUGCACGAUUGGCGGGCUUACCUACCCGCAUCACCUUUUCGGCUCCUGCGUGGUGUUGGUUGAGGUUGAAAGUGGAGCCGUUCUCCUGCCAGGCCUACGGGGAGAGGUUUACCUCCACCAAGAUAAGCGUUACCGGGCGGAAAAAGUGAGAAAGCUACCUACGUGAUGCAUUUUUGAUAUAACUUCUUCCCCUUUCUAUUUUUCCCUCCUUCAUCCUUGUUACCUAUACGCAUGCGUGGAUGAAGGAGGAUGCUGUCAUGAUUGAGUUGGAGCCUUGGGCAGUCGCUAUCCAAACCACCUUCGAGUGAAUUUAAGGUCGAGGUAAAUUUACUGGUAAACUUCAAAAUCGCAACCCCAUCAGCCCUAAUGUGGAAGAGAUCCACCUUGCAAAAAACAAAAGCUUUCCUGGUUAAGCGAAUCGAAGUGAAAAAUGGGCGUGUGUUGCGGAGGUUGUCCGGUUAGCGCGAGACCACGACUCUAGAAGCUACAGGUGUUCAUCCCGAAGCAAGAGUGCACUGGGAAUCCAAAAAGGGAAGAAACGCAACGACAACAGCGACAGCUGUGGGAGGCGGCCUGACAAAGCGCUUAAAAAGACGCCCUAGGGGGGAGAAGCGUAAUGCUGUGUAGAAGGAUCCUAUCAAAGUUUGAACAAACGAGGUGUGGCUGUGGGGGCCGCUGGCGUCGUCGCUUCGUCGAAAAUCAAGUUUUCGAAGCGAAUCUCUGAUGACGAAAAGGGUAAAUCAGCGUUAUACUCAAACCAACCCCCCUCUCGGCAAAACAACAUUAACCAAACAUAGAAAGGCAGAAGGGGGUAAACCCCGAGUGUGAUCGGAGCGUACAAAAACGGCAGGCUAUUCAUCUACUUGUGUGUUUUGCCCUCACGUGCUUUAUCCCUCCAUUUUUUCUCCUCCUCAAUAUUCUCCAAUAUUGGAGUGUUCUUGUUGA